CUGAGAGGUUGAGCUGUGCGGUGCUUUACAUUCCAACAACAACAACAAUGAAGCUUCUUGUGUUAGUUGUUGUCUUGUGUGUUGCUCCCAUUUACGCCAAUAAUGUUGGCUCUUUUUCACAACUUUUGAAGAAGAAAACGCACACUAACAACUGGGCAGUCUUGGUUGACACUUCUCGCUUCUGGUUCAACUAUCGCCAUGUUGCUAAUGUGCUCUCUAUGUAUCGCUCCGUCAAAAGGCUUGGCAUUCCUGAUAGUCAGAUCAUCUUGAUGGUAGCUGAUGAUAUGGCAUGUAAUCCACGUAACCCUCGUCCUGCAACUGUUUUCAACAAUGCUCAUCAACACAUAAAUGUGUACGGAGAAGAUGUGGAAGUAGAUUAUAGGGGAUAUGAGGUUACUGUAGAGAACUUUGUAAGAUUACUAACUGGUCGGCUGACUCCAAGCACUCCUAGAUCUAAGCGAUUAUUAACUGACGACGGCUCCAAUAUACUGAUAUACAUGACGGGCCAUGGUGGAGACGGCUUCCUCAAGUUUCAAGAUUCAGAAGAAAUCACCAAUGUUGAGCUUGCUGAUGCAUUUGAACAAAUGUGGCAGAAAAAGAGGUAUAACGAGAUCCUCUUUAUCAUCGACACGUGUCAAGCAGCGUCUAUGUACGAGCAUUUCUACUCUCCUAACAUCCUGGCCAUCGCUUCUAGUUUAGUUGGAGAAGACUCACUUUCUCAUCACGUGGAUCCAGCAAUUGGAGUUUAUAUAAUUGAUCGCUUCACCUACUAUGCUCUGGAGUUUCUGGAGAGGGUCACACCCAAUAGUGACAGGACUCUUGCACAAUUUCUUCAGGUGUGUCCUAAGCGUGUUUGUAUAUCUACUGUGGGUGUCCGACAGGAUCUCUACAAGCGAGACCCUAAUAACGUCUUGGUCACCGAGUUCUUUGGCUCUGUCCGAAACGUAGAACUUACAGACCACAUCCUUGAUCUUCCCAAGUGUGGUGGGCGGGGUAAAGUUGGAUUAAAUAAUUCAAGCAGUGGGACCAUUUUAAAGAAGAUCUCCAGCCCUGAAAAGUAUAUGUAUGCUGACCAGCUUCCCAUUCACCGAGCAUCAUGAAGAUAGUGAAUGUGGCAUCAGUGUAAUAAACUUAGGUAAUGUAAUACAGGCAGAUCCAUGCUUAAUGAAGGAAAUGAAUUACCUCCAAAAAUUAUUUUUCAAAAAGCAAGAUAUAUUGCACCUUAAGUUUUAUUUUAAAAAGUGAGAUGGACUCAAUUAAAAUUUUGAUAUGAAACCCAAGAAAAUAAUAUAACUGAGAAAAAUAAUGUUGCAUCUCAUUUACUGCCUGGCUCAGGCGAUGUGGUCCUGACAGACACUGAAAACCUGUAUGGCGGGACUAACAGUAUAUGGGGAAAAACAGGUACAGUGAUACCUCAAGAACGAACUUAAUUUGUUCCAGAAGGCUGUUCGAGUGCAGAUACCGAACGAAUUUGUUCCCAUAAGGAAUAAUGUAAAUUAGAUUAGUCUAUUUCAGACCCCCAAAAAUACACUUACAUAAUUGUUCGGUUGGGAGCUGUUCGAAACUCAACGUACCGCUGUACAUAUACUUUCUCAGUCUUUUUACACCACUAUGAAAGAAAAAGGUAAUAUUCUGUAAAUUAAAAAGUCUUGUGUUUUACAUUAGUGAUUUUUUUUAAUUAUAAGCUGCUGCAAUGCAGCUUUCCCCUCACUAGUACAGUGGACCCCCGCAUAACGAUCACCUCCGAAUGCGACCAAUUAUGUAAGUGUAUUUAUGUAAGUGCGUUUGUACGUGUAUGUUUGGGGGUCUAAAAUGGACUAAUCUACUUCACAAUAUUCCUUAUGGGAACAAAUUCGGUCAGUACUGGCACCUGAACAUACU